AUGCAUUAUGGGGAAGUUUUUGGAUUCAACAAGGCACUGUAUACUGUAUUUGAGGUGAAUGAGACCAGCUAUGAGAAGUGCAUUGUGGAGGACUUCAUAAAGAACAUAACAAAGGGUGGACGUGAUGUAUUUGAGCUAACUGAGGCAAAGAAAUAUUACUUCAUUUGCAAAGACUACUGCUUUGGGGGAAUGAAAGUUGCCAUCAAUGUCCAAGAUAUCCCAGCUCCAGCACCUGCCCCAGAUAAAAAUGCUUCUCCAUCAAAUCACAGCAUUCAAGUUACCCCAGUUAUGGUGCUUGCCAUUGCUAUGAUUUGGGCUUUCCUCUUCAAGUAUUAUUAG